AUUUACACACUGAUUUUGACUACAUAUUAUUCCGUUUAGCCGAUCGAGAUUGGGCUCACGGCGGGAGUGACCGUUGGCCAGGGGAUGUUUACUUCUAGGUACCUGAUCCCACCUCUGGUAAGUCUUGGGGUCCGCUUUUUCUCUGAUAUCUGAAAUUUCGUAUUCUUUAGAGGACUUACGUUUCAUUGAAAAUAUUGGAGAAAAUAAAUCAUCAUUGCAAUGUUGAAAUAAUAAAUUUUAUAUCAUGUCAUGGAUAUAAUGAAGCAUAUUUUUUUCUGAAAAUAAACUGAAUUCUAAAUUUUACUUUACAAAUUCUUUUAAUUUACAAAAUAAUCAGCUUGCACCAUUUUCUUAAUAUUUAAUAGUUACAAGUUGACUUCGUUUGUAUGUGUAAAGCAGGCAAAGAAACGGUAGGUUAAUUCCGAUUACUUAAACCCGAUCAAAGAUUAACGAAGUCUGUGUUUAUUCAUACAAGAUUAAAUUCCUUUCACGUACACCGAAACUCCAUAGUGUACCCCCAUCACGAAUCCAGAAAUACAGGUACAUUACUUCUGAUAUAUUUCUCAACUGAAGUUUAUUUUGGCUUCCUCUUAAUGGUAUAUGACGUGCAAUAUUUGUAAGGAAACGCGAUCUUUGAAUUCUGAAACUAAUUUGAAUUGAUUGUAGGAAUUAGUAUAGUGCAUCACUUGCACCGCUCAAAAAGUUGUUCAACCUGGGAAAUGUUGUUGGAUGUAGUCAGGGAAAGGUUGGAAUUAAAGACGGAAUGGGCAACUCGCAGACUGGACACGUUACAUCGGGGUUGAUUCCCUCCACUCGAUCUACAGUGUACUCCAGUUCAAUAGAUUACGAUACAGCGUCCCUAGAAAGCGACAGCGAUACAGAUCUGCCUUUCCGGUUUAGUUUUACCAGAUUAUCCAAUCUUCCACCUUUGCCCGGUGUUCAUCCUCUUGACUACAAGGCCUACAUGAAUACCCCGAGUAUAUCUACUGUUAGCACCAAACAAUCACAGCGAGCUCAGAAAUUUGGCCGCCAAACAACUUUUCAUUUACCUCUAAUCACCAGUCACGUGUACAGCAACCAACCGCUGAAUAAUCGAUGUGUCGUCACAGUUAAAGAAAAACCAAGAGAAAAAAAGAAUUCCAAGAAAACCAGGAAAAAGAAAGGAACGAAAAAGAAAAAGAAAAUUAUGCACAGACUUUAAAAUCAAAACAUAAGUGUUUUGAAUAUGAUAUAUAUAUAUAUACAAUGUACACGUAUUGUAUUAUGCAGGGUAAAUUUAUGGAAAGUAAAAAAAAAUCUUUCCUGUGUUUACUUAUACCAAACGAUGUAAUAAAAAUGAUAAUGAUGGACAUGUACAUGUAGUCGUUUAAAGAUGUACUCAUGUCGGGUGGGAUCCUAAAGCGAUAGUUAAUGAUUGCACAUAACUUUCGAUAGUGAAAAUGAAAUCAUAACACAGAAUAUGCACUUAAAAUUACAUGGAUAUAAUAAAUAAAUGCAGGAAUACCAAACUCCACCGGUAAAUCAAAUUGGACUAAAGUGCUUACAUAUUUCAUAUCUAUAGAUUGUAUUGAUAGAAGUGUCGAUUUCCAUCACCUUCAUAUUCAAUAUCGCGGAUGAUUCGUUCUUAUUUCAAUAACUGACAGGUGGAGGUUAUGACAGAUAACUAGUGCUCACUUUGUGUGCUGAGAAAACUACAUCAAUACAUAUCAAGUUUCGGUAUCGAGCGUAUCCGUCGAAUUCGCUGCAAUGUUCGUGAAUGACACUUCCUGGUUCUGCGUAGAAGGUUUCUUCUUGAAGAAAUCGCACAUCUCUUUUCUGAAGAAUUUGAUGAUAAUCACAAUGAAACCAAUAAUUAUGAUGACGAAGACUACAAUUGCAAAAUAG